AUGGCCAUGGGUUCCCCGACAACCCCACAUCCAGGCGAGCCUGGUCUACAGCGUGAACCGACUGCUGGAGGAGCCAGGCCUUCGACUUCGCGACCGCGCCGUCAGCGAAGCUCUCAUCCGCCGCCAUUCCCGAACUUCGCACUGCUCACGAGCAACCCGCGAGCGCGGAUCCCGACUGCAGACGAGACAUCCAAUGGAUCUGCCGAGGAGUUCACUGCGAGGGACCUCGAAUGGCUGAUGCGUCACCAUCGUGGUCCGGGACCCAUUAGCGAGCCUGGUCUGCCGUAUGAUCUGCAAAGGGCGACAGAGAACUUCGGCGUCAGGCUCAGGCUCCUCUGGCGAGAGGCGGAGGACUUCAGCAUUACCUUCGCGAGCUUGCCGGACCCUGUCAGGGAUGCGCAGCUGCGCCCCCGUAUCAUGGACUAUCUUGUACGCGUCUCGGACCGGUCUAUCGCCUCCGAUCUGCUGGGCAGUUCUACCACCCGGUUUCACCUUGUCACGAGAGCCAUCAACGAAUGGUUGCUGGAUCAUGUCUUGAAUGAGAACAUGGUUAAGGAGUUCGAUACGGCUGCGUAUGAUGAGUUCUUGCAGCUCAAAAUGCAUCUCAUUCGGAGUGAAGUUCCCCUGGCCGCCCGCAAGAUCUUGCUCGACGCAAUGGUCAAGAUUGUCGCAAAUAUGCUAGUGAGGCCUGAUUUCCCGGACUUUUGCGCGCAGAAGUUUCACUGGCUCGUUGAGAAACUGUGGCGGUACAUUGGACCUUUGCUUCCGGACACGCCCCAACAUCAGGUAGACGGCCGUGGCAUUCUCGCGGGUAUCAUUUCGAAAGCGGCAUCCCUCUCCGUGGAGAUGCUGUGCACUCCUCUUGAAUACGUCCAUUGCUUUCCAGACGUUGGCGACGCCUUCGUACCAAGAGAGAUGCGCAACCAGUCUUUUCACAUCAGAGGCGAGCCCGGACUGCUCAGAGACAGCAACUUCGAAGUGAAACUGGGUAUCAGCCCCAUCACUUUCAUUUGCAGACAUACUGGCAGCGACUGGGUUCCUCAGCUCGUCUCCCGGGGCGAUGUCAUCUUAAGAUCUCCGCGCAGCCCGCCAAUUCUUCUCAAUGUCCCUGCGCAUCUGCGAUUUCGCGACGUCUGA